CCAUGGAAAGUCCAACCACGCCGCGCUUCAAUAUACCCAAACCGGAAUCUGGACUCGCGGAAUGGACACAGAAGAUCAAGGCGCUCCAACGACAAGUAGACGCGGACGAGGUCGAGGAACAGCGGAAACUGGAGCAGGAGAUCGCUGCGUCUAGGUUGGCGAGGGUGAGGAGGGGUACUGGAAGGACGAGCGGUGUGAACCUUCCUGCCAGGGACACUGAGCCUUUGGUUGAAAUCGGUUCAAAUCAAUUUGACUCUGUCGAUGAUAUGCAGACGAUUGCAGACCGACAGCGGGCGCAAGCAGAUGCACUCCUGAAGCUCUCUGGAGCAGUUGCACCCCCUCCUCCCGCCACAUCCAGGUCUCCUCCACCCACUAAACCAAUCACCUCACCCGCCUCGAGAGCAGAGCCCGUCUCUCUCGCCUCCUUCAUGGGAGCUCGCGCAACUGGUCCCAGGCUCAAUAAACACCCUGCUCAACAAGAUACCCACGACCCCACCAAGUUCGAACAGCGCACCACAGCGUCCUCCCCACAUCCUAUCUUCGGACGCACCGGAGUCGCCAUGCCAGGGCUUGCUGCGAAGGGCAGAACAUCCCAAGAAGAGCCGCACUCGGAUCGAACAGACUCUGUGCGCUCGCCACCCACUACUCAUGCGGCCCCGGAUGUCCCUCGUCCUCGUAGAUUCAGCAACUCGCUUGCGCUACAGCGAUACAUGGAGCAUGUAGACCAAAAGGUCGUCAUGCCACAGAAGACAGGAUCUACCGUCUCCAGAGAUCUACCCCGUCCUCGCACGAUGAGCACUCCGACUGGUCUUCCUCCUAUCAACAUCCAAGCGGCUACCCCAGCAUCCCGCGCCACACACGCCAAUCUUCCUCCUCCCAGAUCUGUUUCUAUACCGGAAUCACGCAAUUUUACGACUUCGCCUCUUGACGCUGAACCACCACGGAAUAUACCUGCCGCUUUGAAAUCACCUCCCGUAACUCGCACGUUUACCCCUUCUCCCAAACCCACAGAUACUACUACUACACCGGCUAGGCCACCUUCAACACGGCCUCAGAGCACGGGCGUAUCUUCUUCUCCCAAAUCCCCUACCACAGUCACCUCAACCUCCCUCGCACGUCCCAUCCAACCCACCCCCAAAUCCCUCUCCAAUGGCCCUCACAUUCCCCUAUCCCAGAACCCAUCUCCCGCAUUCCUUAAACCAUCGGCGCAGAAAGAUCCGACACCGAGUCUGAGUCGACUUAAGGGACGUGGGUUCGUGCAGUCCAUGGUCAAGGCGAGCAGUCAGCUCGAAGGGCCUUCGGAGAUGGGUAGCCUCACCAGCACUCCGACUGGUCUGGUUUCAGGUGGCGGGGGUGGCAGACGUCUUUCAUCUGUUGUGAAUAGGUGGCAUCAACCGGAAUCUACGUCAAGCACGCCUGCUCCGAUCGCUCCGAAACCUAUCGCCUUGCGAAAAUCGCGUACCGUUGAGACUUUGCCUUUCACCAAUUCUGCCCCUCCUCCCGCUGUCAUCGAACCCCAGCAGACCGGUAGAUCGUUACGGAACGUCCCUUCUGUGCCCGCGUUGACAGCCUCCCACACCGGGACAUCUCAUGUUUCGAGGUCGAAAACCCCUGUGGAAACCACGUCAACUCCAGGACUGGGAUCCUCAUCCACCCUAGUCUCGUAUAUCAAGCCUAUGAAGACCGGAGACGAUGCUCCCUCUCAGUCGUCGACUUCUCGUCCGACCACACCAGCAGCAAUUUCCCGGCCGGUCACCCCAGCUGCGAGUUCUCGACCCGUCACUCCCGCUACAAACUAUCGUCCGGUCUUUCCAGCCUCAUACGGUCUCGAUGAAUUUGGGUCACGAGCGGGGAGGCGAGGACAGCCGUCUGUUGGAAUUUCUGCCGCUGUGCUCCCGCCGUCACCUGGAAAGCCACUGAGCCAUCUCACCAAAGACAGAGCGAAGAGACCGCGAAAGGGAAAGAAGGCCACGGUCUCGUUCCGUGAACCCCACGACAACGACAACGAGGCGCCAGCACCAGCUGUCGACGUUGCCCCCCAAACUCAGAGCCAGACGCCACCGACACCGCCACAGGAGAAGACGAGUUCCAGGCCUUUGCCUACCCUUCCGCCUCAGCCCACAACCACAACCACGGCCCUACCCUCGGCUUUAACCAUUCCGAUCGCCACCCCUUCCUUCAAGCCCAUUCAGACAGACGCACCGAACGGUUCCCCGCAGCCCCCUUCUCGUUCCAAGGAGCUGUCAACGGCGUCUCGCCCCCCGAUCAGCACCUCUUCGUCCACCGUCCCUGCGCCGACUAAUUUUACGCCCCCCGUGCGAGAGACUCCAGAACCAGAAGUCACACCAUCCUCUUCCCGUCCCAAGGAAUCUAAAGUCUCCAGCAUUGCCGACAGAUGGGCCGAUCAGGCUAUCAUCGGCGUCAAGCCCACGACCAAGUACCCCUCGCCACCCUCUAGUGGCCGGAGCAAUGGCAAUGGAGAAGUGAAUGGAAAAGGUGGCGUCGGUGCCCAUGCUUUACCUGGUCUCACGACAACUAGUACGACAGCGGGCCUUGGAAUUCAGAGCGAACGAUCCCCUCGCUCGCCCCGGCGUCACAGUCGUAUUCCAAGCACGGGGAAUCGGGCGAGGGUUAUGGAACUUGCUCAGGCUCUUAGUGAACAGCAAGCGGUCGAAGACAGCACGGAGGCUGGAUCGUCCAGCACUCUACCUCCACCCGUGGCGGUGAACGUAGAAGAUGCUGCUCUGCCCAGUCCUAGCCCUGUGGAAUCAUCACAGAGAAAUGUUAUCGGGUUGGGUCGACCGUCGGAUUCCGGACUGCAUGCUCCUUCGAUGGCGAAACGACAGUCGAGCCACGAAAAGUAUUCGGCGUUUAUGAUGCCACCUUUGAAGGAAGAGAAGACGCCGACGCCUACUCCGGUUGGGUCGAUGGCUGUUCGUGAUGCGAAGUCUGUGAUUGACGAAUUCCCCGCUGUGGUGGAGGAUAAGACAGAACGUGAAGCAGCCAAAGCGGAACCUAAGGCUGAACCAGUUGUAGAUUCCCCGGCGUCCGUCUCUGAAGCUCCCAAACCAGAACAACCAAAGUUCAUCGAAUUCCACCACAUCGACGAACCCUUGCCCUUCAUCAAAGUUCGGGACCUCUUGAAUCACAAACCAGAAGUAUUCAAGCCUGACAGCAGUAUCCUUACCAUUUCUGUCGACGUCAUGGCGGUCGCGGGUGGUUCAGCAGCGACUAUCGACAGCGACACGAACAUCUUUUACGAGUCUGAGCUUCUCGCUAUAGUUCAUCGCUUCAAGACAAAGUCGAGCGGUCUGGUGGCGACGAAGGUGUGGGGCUGGAAAGGCAAGCAAGCACAGAUGGGGGAACGUGAGGAGCGGAAGAUCAAGGACCUUGCGCGACACCAUGGCACCUCAAUGAUAUUUGUACCGCAAUGUCAAGAGCCUGACGAACUUAUACAUGUGUUGGGUGGCCAGAUCGCUAUUAGACAAGGCUCUCGUUCGCACUGGAGUGCUGAAAACACUACGAUGCACGUCGUCCGUUCUCGUCAGGGUUAUAUUACCAUCGACGAAGUAGACCUCGAUAUUUCCAACCUCUGCUCCGGGUUCAGCUAUUGCUUGACGCUGCUCGGAAGCGUCUAUGUCUGGCAUGGUUGCGGCUCACUCCCAAAGGAGCGCGAAGCAGCUAUGGCAUAUGCCCGUGCUCUUACUAGUGCGGAGUCUACUCCGACAGAGCUGGUGGAAGGGGAGAACGAUGACGACGAAAUGUUCUGGAUGAUGCUAGGCCAACCGGAUGAGUAUGCGAAGGCAGAUUACUGGCGGUGGAGGUCGACUUCAGAUAAGGACCCUUCUCCACGGGUCUGGUCCGUUGACAUGUCGAGAGGCAAGGAUUGCGUUAAGCCCAUCGGCACGCUUGCAAGCGAACUUGACCAGGACCAGGUAUACCUCAUUGACUGCAGUUGGGAGUUCUUCGUGCUCGUCGGCAAAGACGCCCGCGCGAAGAGGUGCGACAUUCGUAUUGCGCUAUCGGCAGCUAUGGAAAUGUCCAGAAUAACAAAACCUGCGCGCCCAUUUACACCGCCAGUUCACGUUCUUGUAUUGCCUUCGCGCCUGCCCUCUGACUUGCGAACACACUUCCGAGAUAUGGAUGAAGGCCAACUCAAUGCGGGAGAAGUCCCUGACCAUAUGAACCUAUUUUCAGCCUCGGAGGCCCUGAAGCAGUUGGCCAAGGCAUCAUGGAAGAGGUCACUUCUGCGUGACGAGAGCAUGCUUCCAUUAGGCCUUGAUCCCUCUCACCUACGAUGAACGGUCUUUGUCCAUCGUCAGCUAUCUGUUUUUCGUUUGUUUUACCCCGG